AUGAUGAAGUAUUUGGUAACCAUAUCUGGCUAUGAAACAAGAAGUGAUGUUAUUUUUUAUAAAAUCACUAUCAAUGGAUUGCAUCAUUCUAAAGUGAUUUAUAAAAGAUACUCAGAUUUACGAGCAUUAAAUGAUUAACUUUUAAAAAAGAAUCAUGAAUUCAAGCUUAAAUUAAAUCUCCCAAAUUUUCCAAAAAAAAAAUUAUUUGGAAGAACUAAACAUUCUGAAUCAGAUAUAAUCACAAGAGUAAUAGUUAAAAUCGAUUCUUAGGGGCUAUAAUUAUAGUAAUACUUGGAAACCAUCCUUAAUAUUUAGAUGCUAUGCACAUUUUAAUUUAUAAGAGAUUUAUAACCAAAGGAUGAGACAUUAGAGGAAUCAAUUAUGCAAAUAAAUAUAAACCAUCAAUAUACUAAAGAUGUUUGUUGGCCAUAAAUGUAGAAAUUAAAGCUAUAAUAUUUAUAACGCCACGAUUCAAAUUCUUCUCCAACUAAAUCUUAACCCAAAAAAACAAACGGAUAUAAUUAAAGAUUUUAUUUUUAAUUUGAUGAUUAUGUGAAACAGCAAGACUUUGUUUUAUAUUAUAUUACUUUAUAUGACUAAAAAAAGAUUGUAAAGUACUUAUUUAAUACUCGAUACAGUUAACUCAAAGAUUAUCAUUCUUUAUUGGAAAAAAAACAAUUCAAAAAUUAAAUUCCUUCUUUUCCUAAAAGAAAAAUUAUUGGAUAAACAUGCGAUAAUCCAGAAGAAAUUCAAGAAAGACAAAUUUAAUUAGAGAGAUAUUUAAAUGAUAUUUUUAGUGUAAAGGAAUUUGUCAAUAGUGAACCUUUAGUAUAUUUUAUAUUACGUAUUCAGCUUGAAAAUAAAUGUAUUCAAGACUUCAAUUCAUAAUAACAAAGAUGUAGUCGAUAUUCACAAUAAGUUAAUUGCUCAUCUUUAGAAAAAGAACCUUUAGAAAUACCAAAAAAUAUUCAAUCUAGUUGA